AUGGAGUUGGAUCCUGAUGAUAUCUUCAAAGACGACGAAGAUGAUCUCGAUAGCGAUUUCUAUCAGCAAAGAGAAUCGUCCAAAGAAUUCGUGGUCUACCUUGUCGAUGCUUCUCCCAAAAUGUUCUCAUCUACUUGUCCCUCCGAGGAAGGAAAGGAGGAAACUCAUUUCCACAUUGCUAUUAGUUGUAUCGCGCAGUCAUUGAAGACACAAAUAAUUAAUAGAUCGUAUGAUGAAGUUGCAAUAUGCUUCUUUAACACUAAGGAAAAGAAGAAUUUGCAGGAUCUAAAUGGUGUUUUUGUAUUCAAUGUUGCUGAAAGAGAGUAUCUAGACAGGCCAACAGCAAGACUUAUAAAAGAUUUUGAUUGCAUAGAGGAAUCAUUCACAAAAGACAUUGGCAGUCAGUAUGGUAUUGAUUCUGGGUCUCGGGAGAAUUCCCUGUACAAUGCUCUCUGGGCAGCACAAGCGUUAUUGCGUAAAGGAUCUGCAAAAACAGCCGAUAAACGGAUACUUUUAUUUACAAAUGAAGAUGAUCCUUUUGGGAGCAUCAAGGGUGUAGCCAAAACAGAUAUGACCAGGACCACAUUGCAGCGAGCUAAAGACGCACAAGAUCUUGGCAUCUCAAUUGAACUUCUCCCCCUGAGUCGACCUGAUGAGGAGUUCAAUGUCUCACUUUUCUAUUCUGAUUUGAUUGGGUUGGAAGGUGAUGAACUUGCUCAGUUUAUGCCAUCAGCUGGACAAAAUGCAAUUGUAAAAUUGGGAUUUCCCACUCUGAAACCUAUGGAAAAUACCAGCUCCAUAGAUCAGCUUAGAAAACGUAUGUUUACAAAGCGAAUAGUUAGAAGAAUCACAUUAUCAAUUGCAAAUGGAUUGUCAAUUGAGCUGAAUACAUAUGCUUUGAUUCGUCCAACUAUGCCAGGGGCAAUUACAUGGCUUGAUUCUGUUACCAAUUGUCCUUUGAAGACUGAGAGAUCUUUUAUCUGUGCCGAUACUGGUGCAUUGAUGCAUGAUCCUGCAAAACGAUAUCAAACUUACAAAAACGAUAAUAUCAUGUUUUCUGCCGAGGAGCUAUCAGAGAUUAAAAGAGUUUCAACUGGACAUCUUCAUCUUCUUGGAUUCAAGCCACUAAAUUGCUUGAAAGAUUGCCACAACUUGAGGCCUUCAACAUUUAUUUUUCCUAGUGACAAGAUGGCGAAGAAAACUAGCAGCAAAGGGAAAAUUAAGGAUUUUCUUGAGUCAACUACUUAUCUCAUACAAAAAGAGAAUAAAUUUGGGCGUUUGGCAAUAUGUUGGGUUCAUGGUUGUGCAGUGAAUGAUAUUUUGAUUCACUUCACCUACAAAAUUGCAUCUAAAGGACAGAAUAUGAUUUGUUCUGAAGUAAUUGGUAGCACUUGCAUUUUCAUUGCCCUGCUUAGAUCCAUGAUACGCCUUAAACGUUUUGCAGUUGCAUUUUAUGGCAGCUCAUCUCAUCCUCAAUUGGUCGCCCUUGUUGCACAAAAUUACUGUGGUCAUAUAAUGUUGCUUAUCGAUAUCUUUGAAACUUCACAGGAUGAGAUCAUUAGUGCUGGUGGUCAGGUUGAGCCACCUGGAAUGCACAUGAUAUAUCUUCCCUAUUCUGAUGAUAUUCAUUCAAGUGCAAAUGCUGGGGCACCUCGAGCUACUGAUGACCAAAUUAAAAAGGCAGCUGCUUUGAUAAAACGUAUUGACUUGAAAGAUUUUUCUGUAUUCCAAUUUGCUAACCCUGGUUUGCAGAGACACUAUGCAGUUUUGCAAGCCCUAGCUCUGGAUGAAGAUGACAUGCCAGAAAUCAAUGAUGAAACACUUCCUGAUGAAGAAGGCAUGGCUAGACCUGGAGUUGUUAAAGCAGUUGAGGAGUUCAAGCUCUCUGUCUAUGGAGACAAUUAUGAUGAGGAAAGUGAUGUGGGCAGUAGAAAAGCAAGCGAGGCCUCCAAAAACGGAAAGCGGCUGCUGAAAAUGCUGCUAAGGAGUCUGCAAACUACAACUGGCCUGAUCUUGCUGACAAUGGACAGGGAAGAAGGAAGCUCUGAUCAGCAGAAUAUUAACUCACAUGGGAAAGUGAGAAGCGUGAGGCAAAUCCAGCUCUUGUUCAGCAUCACGCGGUACAGAAAUUCCACUGCCACCAAUGGUUUUCUAGUCUAUUGGUACUGGAAAACCAAGAGCGUUAUGGCUUAA